AUGGCAUUCAAAUCAAUCAAAUAUAAAUUGGGCUCAAAAGGGUAUCAUCGUCAUGCUACUACUUUUUUCGAUUCAUCAUAUAAUCAUCUAAGACAAAAUCAAGCUGUUUUCAAUAUUGACCCAUCAAUACCAAAUUCAAAUGGUAUAACUACUUUACAACCACAUCCUGUCGUCGUAGCAAAUACAAAUUAUAAUAAUUUAGAUGAUGUACUCUAUAGAGAUCCAAAUUUCCAUAUACAGAAAAAGAAAUCAACAUCAACAACGACCAAAAUUGUACCGAACACUUCAAAUAAUAAUCAGAAUAAUUCAUCAAGAAAUUUCUAUAUACUGAAAAAUACCAAUAACAACAACAAUACUACAAAUAAUAAUAAUAAUAACAAUAAUAGAAGAAAAUCUAUUGCAAUAAUUAAUGGUGCUGCCAAUACCCUCAAUAAAAGAUUUUAUUCAACUACAACAACUACAACUACAACUACAUUAUUUAAUACACAGAAAAUUUCAAACUCAAAUGAAUUACAAUUACAAUCACAAUCACAAUCACAAUCACAAUCACAAACAUCGGUAGCUUCAGAUACUACCACUAAUACUACGCACAUACCCUCAUCAUCUCCUUGGGAAAUAGAUACUGAAACAUCUUUGAAUCCAAAAACUUAUUUAUCCACUCAUAUUAAUGAAAUUAAUAAAGCUUACCUAAUGCAAGAUUUUAAUAAAAUAAAUUCCCUUUAUCAUUCAUUAAAACGUAAUAAUAUUAUUCCACCAAUUGAAACAUUUGAAAAAAUAUUAGAUUCCAUUUCAAAAAGAUUAAUGGAUAAAUUUGACUUGGAUAAUAAAAUGUUUGAAAUGUUAUCUUGUUAUCAAGAUAUUAUAAAUAAUAAAUUGAAACCUUCAAAUGCAAUUUAUAACAUUUUAUUAUCUUCUUUAUUCAAAAAUUCAAUAAUGGCAAUUCAUUUACAAAAUAGUAAUGGUCAAGAUUUCUUUAAAAUUGCAAUAGAAUUAUUUAAAACAAUAAAUCAACAACAACAACAACAACAACACCAUCACACGCAUACUAAUAUUCAAUUAUCAAAAGAUACAAUAAAUUACACUUUAAUCGCCAUUAAUUUAUAUCCAGGGUUCAUAGAUAUUAAUCAUUUAAUAUCUUACAUUAAUAAUUCACCAUUCUUAAUUAAAAAUUCACUUUAUUUCAUCUCUUUAUUAAAUUAUUCCACAUUGAUUAAUAAUAAUACAAAAUUAAAAGAAUUAUUUAAUGAAUAUACAUUAUAUUCACAACAAGGCACCAACAACAAUACAACUUUAAAAGAGGAUAAAUUCAAAAUUAUAUCAAUUUAUAUCUCGGGACUCGUAGAAACUAGCAAUAUAGAUUUGGCUACUUCAUUAUUAGAUCAAACUUUAAAUGAAAUUAAACAAACUAACGGUUUAAAUUCAAAUAUAUCAUUGUUAUUAUCAAAAUAUUUAAUUUCAAUGUCAAAGAUAAAUCCAGAAAGUAGUUAUGAAAUGUGGAUCAAAUUCAAUAAAUUAAAUUGGAUACCAGAAUUCUCUUACGAUUUUUAUUUACAAUUGAUGAAUAAUUCAUUCCAUAAUUGGACCCUAACGAAAAAAAUUUAUAAUUAUAUCUUCCCCAUGAAAAGAUCAUUCCAUAAUAAUCAUAAAUCAUUAAAUUCAAUUAAUAUUUCAGAAAACGCUUAUGAAUGUAUUUUAUUCCCAAUGGAUUCAUAUAAAGUUAUUGAUUCACUUUUAGAUUAUUCAUUACAAUUAAAUGAUACAGAAAUCAUUUUAAAACUUUGUCAAGAAUCUUUAAUUAAAUCAUUCAAUUUCAAUAUUAAUUUAUAUCCAUUAUUAUUCGAAUUUUUGAAAAAUAAUUUAAAUUGGCCACAAGAUUAUUUAUUAGACUUCAUAACCACUCAUACUUCAUUAUUACUUGUCUCAUCGGAAUCAGAAUCAUCAACGUCGUCCUCGUCGUCCUCGUCGUCCUCGUCGUCAGAUAAUUUUUUGAAUUUUUUAAAUGCAAUCAUUAAUAAUUAUCAUGAUAAAGAUUUAUUAUUAAAAAUUUCUCAAUCCACAGCAUUUAAAAAUGGGCUAAAUCAAUUAUCAUUCCAAUUAUCUCCAUCAUUAUUAUCAAAUAAUAUUCAGUUAGAAUCAAAAUUUAAUGGUCUUUUCAAAAUUUUCAAAAAUAUUUGGCAAUGUCCCAAAACAUUUGAAUCAUAUCCAAAUUUAUUAGAAUUAUAUUCAAUCAUAAUAAUUAAAUUCUUUGAUUUUAAUUUAUAUCCAUUAUCACCUGUUAUUCAACAACAACAACAACAACAACCCUUACUUAAUUUCAUUAAAGAAACCAUUACAAACUACAAAACUUUACUUAUCAAUUAUCAAAGAGCUAAUCCAUAUGCCAAUGUUCAAUUAUCAUCAAUAGUUAAAGAAUCAAUAACCUUAAUUGCAACCCACGAAGAAAUUCCUGAAGAAGUCAUUACCUUUUAUCUUAAUUCGGAAGAAAACAUUGACUCGCAAACACCUUCAAUUAUAAACUUGGGUCCAAGUUUAAGAAAUUCAUUUAAAACAGCUAUUAAAGAUUUUAACACCUUAUUGAAAAAAGGUUACUCAUUCGAUUUCGAUACUUAUAAAACUUUAAUUAUGCAUCGAUAUAUUAAUAAAACAAUAAUUUCCACUGCAUUAGAAUUAUCUCCAUCAGAAUUAGAAACGAAACAAAUAAUAAAUUUAAUAAUUAAAAAUUGUCCCAUAGAUAAUUUAGAAAAUGAAGUUAUUAAUCAUCCUUUAUUUUAUUCCAAAAUUUUACCCUUAGUAAAUGACCGUUCAUUAAAAAGAUUAACAACAACAACAAACAUUUGGGAAACUUUACCUGAUUUCUUGAAUUUCAUUAAAUCAAUCGACUUCCCAAAUAAUUUCAAAAAUAUUCAAAAUCAAAUAACAUUCAAAGAAACAAUCGAAGCCAUUUAUAAUCGUCUUUUUAACCAGUUUAAAGAUUAUCAAACAAUUGUGAAAUUUAAUAAAAUUUGUCCAAAUUUAAAUUCGGAACAAUUAUUAUUAUCAUUAAUUCGUUCAGGUGAAUAUGAAAAAUAUGAAACAUUAUCAUAUAAAUAUUCAAAGGAUCCACUACUAAAAGAAGAAACAUUUCCUUUAAUUCAAGCUGAAUUCUUAAUCAACACGGGGAAAUUUGAUAAUGCAUUGGAAAAUUUAAAUAAUAUGAUUGAUCAAUUACCAAACGAUACCGACAAUAAUAUUCCAGAAAGAUUAAUCGAUUUGUAUACAUUUGCAUCUUUUUUGAAAAGUUUAUAUAUGACUGAUUCUGAUGAUAUAACAAUUAAUCCCAAAUUGAAUUCAAAAAUUAAUAAUACUUUACAAGCUGCAAAUUUAUUCUCAAUGCAAAAUAAUUUUUCAAAUAUGAUAGAAUUACAUGAACAAUUAUUCCCAUAUUCUUCUCAAUUAACCAUGGAAACUACCACCUCCAAACCAACAUCAACUAACUCCGCUGUCUUGGAACAAAUGUUAAAUAACUUAUACGAUUCAUUAUCAUUGGUAGAUAUUGAAACAUCUUCUGUCUUAAAGCAAUAUAAAAGGAAAUUGAAAAAUUAUUUGAGAUUCAAAUAUUAUAUUAAACUUCCAACUUUCCAAUUAGAUGAAGUUAAAACUUUAAUCACCAUUUGGAAUGAAAUUAAUACUCAUGAAAUUGAUUGCCUUUUCAAUAACAUUAUAGAAACAAUGUAUUUAAAUCCAAGAGCUCAACAAUUAUUUUUCGAAAAUGAUAUGGUCUUAAAUUUUAAUAAAUUACAAUUUAAUGAAUUAAUCUCGCAUAUUGAAAACGCAUAUGAAUCUAAAAAUAAUAAUGAUAAUUUGGUGAAAGUACACAAAUUAAAAGAGUUUUUGCAAAUAUGA